GAUAAGAACGUUUCUUUGUCUGCCCAUAGCAAGUCCCGCAUUGCGCACAGAACACUCCAAAGAUGACUUCAUUUCAUCAGCUUCCGCAUGCAAAUAAUCAAUGAGUAAACUCUGGUCACGAAUCAUAUUUUCUGCAAUGGCGAGUCUAUGCACAUACUGUUUGUUAUCAUUGUCCUGCUCCUUAGACGUCUUCAAACUGCGAUCGAGUAACCUACCACGUACAAGUGGAAGCAAAUCCACUUCAAUUAGCGAUGUCGAGCGUACAGAUCAAUGGACUCCUGGUCUAGUCUAGAACAGUUGUUGUGCGGAGACUGCUGCGGCUGUCCAUACCGUCAUUGGCUGGUUGACCGUGGGGUGAUUCGAAUGGAUUUCGGUUGCUUCUGUCGUGGGAUCCUUUUUGGCGGACUAAUUGGUGAUUGUUAUGGUUUCGUGUAUGAAGAUAAACCUCGUGUGACAGUUGAUAUCCCCUUGAAGCUUUUGGCUGACACUGAAAGCGGAAAGGAAACCUCUCAGCUUGAUUAUACCGAUGACACUCAAAUGGGCCUGGCAACCCUUCGCUCCCUUCGCGAUCACGAGAGUCUGGUACCGGAAGAUUUAGCGAGACAAUAUGCUCACGACUUUUUCUCCGAUGGUAGUCAUCGUUAUUACGGCGGCAGUGUGCCUCGUGUUUUUAGUCAGCUGCAAGAGAACAAUUUUCAAGCCCCCUACCAACCAGCUGCAGCGCAAUUCAAUGGCACAGGUUCUUACGGAAACGGUGGCGCUAUGCGAUCGAGUUUCCCAGCUCUCUUUGGGAUACAUCUUCCGGACGUUAAUUUCGCUGAUCUGAUUAUAAACAUUACUAGACUGACACACACUCAUCCACUUGCCAUAUACGGUGCGUUACUACAAGCAUUUGCCGUUCGCCAACUGUGGGACAUCGUCUCCAAGCCAAACCAAGCUCUUGUUCCUGAUGAUUUUUUGGACCAGCUACUGACUCUGUUGAAGCAGGUGAAUUCCGAUUCUUUUUGUAACCAAGCCGCGUCUUCGGCGGACGCUUUAAUUGCUUAUGAAAAUAAGCUGGUGACAGUGAAGUCCCUGUUGAGUCUAUCAGCGGAGCCGUCUGUGGAGGAGGUUGUGAGUUCCCUGGGUAAUGACUUGAAGGCUAUAAACUCCGUCCCUACCGCACUAUAUGCCUUUCUUCGUUCAUUGAAGCCAAUUGAAGGUAUUCCGUUGAUGUCUAUCCCACUCCGUUGCCUCGUGUACUGCAUCUCCUUGGGAGGUGAUACAGACACGAUUGGGACAAUGGCAUGUUCUCUCGCUGGAGGCUUUGUAGGAAUUCCGACAAAGGAAACUGGUUCUGAUUCUCCCAUUCCAAAAGCUGUGCUGGCACGCUGCGAAGCACUUUCAGUUUUGGCUGAUUUCGCCGAAUGGUUCGCCACACGAUGCUCCACCUAAAUGAAUAAUGGAUUGAUUCCUUGCUCGUUGUUAAAAUUCCAUGAACCACAUUGGCUUUAUU